ACCUAACCUAAAAAUCUUGAAGUAAACAAGAUAUAUGUUGUAUGUUAUUUUUUUUAAUUAUUUAUACAAAAAUAAAGCAUGUUAUAUGAGGCAUUAAUGGCAGGUACCUGGGCAUCGAUUGGAAGUACCGUAGGAAAAUUAACAGGCACACCAAGUAUAGUUGGCGACGGCUAUGUGAUAUGGGCACUACUCUUAAUCCUGAUGGUAUCGGUCAACACGUGGGGCUGCCGGUACUACCUGCGCUCUCUCGAUGCUGCUGACAACUCUGCAGCACCCACAGUCAUCUCUGCCGCCUCCAGCUACGUGCUAUCGGGUUUCAUCGGGAUAUGUUUCUUCGGAGAGCUAUCUUCUGUACGAUGGUGGGCUGGCGCCCUACUCAUCGUAAUAGGACUUGCGUUGGUCGCCCGCUCUACGCCGGAAGAUACCAAAGGAAAGAAAGACGAAUAACAAGAGUUUCAUCGGCAUAAUAAUAUGCCAUUUCUGGAGGUGGGCGGUCGGCGCUCUUUGUUAUAGAAGCGCUGUGCUGGUCGUAUUCGUGACGCUGAAAGGGCCAAGGGAAGAAAGACGAAUAACAUUUUAUGAGUCGUACUUAGCUAAUUUAGUAAGUAAGACCUAUGUGCUUAUGUAGCUAAUGUCAUCGUAGUUAUAUCUUUACUGUGUAAAUAUUAAGUAUAUAUACUUAUAUAUUAUAUUGUACCUGAAUUAGAAUGAGACACUUACUGAGUAUUAUACUCGUAGGUACAUAGCAAAGAUACAGAUUAAUAGCAUUUCUGUUAUAAUUUUUUAUUAAAUUAUGAUCAAUCGA